CUCUCCUUGCUCAUCAAGAAAUGCUUAUUCCUCCAACUGCUUAAGCCUAUAUAUAGCCAUUUGAAUUCUGAAUCACCAUCAAAGUGACUUCUUCUUCUUCUUCUUCUUCUUUAGGAAAAUGGAGAAAUCACAGCUGGUGUUAGUCCCCUGGGCUGGCAUGGGCCAUAUUGUACCCGCAGUAGAGCUAUCAAAGAUUCUUCUUACUCGCGAUCACCGACUCUCCAUCACCGUCUUUAUCCUCAAUCCCUCUUUCAUCAACUCAAAGCCGAUCGAUAACUACAUUGAAUCGCUUCAAUCUUCUUCUAAUCGUGUCCGAUUUAUUGUUCUCCCCAGAUAUGAGACCGAAUCGUUUAAUUUCACUUCUUUCUUUGAGAUACAGAAAUCCCAUGUUAAAGAAGCUGUGUUGAAGAUCACUCACUCCGAAUCGGCCGCCGACUCACCUCCACCUCGACUAGCAGGUUUUAUUAUAGAUAUGUUUUGCUCGCCGAUGAUGGAUGUGGCCAAUGAUUUUAACGUUCCGUCUUACAGUUUCUAUACUACAAGUGCAGCUUUCAUCGGUUUAAUGCUUUAUGUCCAGAAGAUUCAUGAUCAAGAUGAAGAGAAAUUUGACCCCACUGAGUUAAUUAACUCGAAUACUGAGUUGCCGAUAUCGAGUUUUAAAAACUCAUUUCCUGCUAAGCUUAUGCCUUCAUUGAUUUUAAGCAAAGAGUGGCUUCCGCCUUUCAUUGAGAACGCAAGAAGGUACGGGGAAGCCAAGGGUAUUUUGGUAAAUACAUUUUCGGAACUCGAAUCCUAUGCGAUUGAGUCUUUGAAAACCCCUCCCGUAUAUCCUGUAGGACCCAUUUUGGAUGUGGAGUCAGCCGGAAGCAAAGGGGAUGAUGAAAUCCUGAAAUGGCUUGAUGAUCAGCACCCAUCAUCGGUAGUGUUCUUGUGUUUUGGGAGCAUGGGAAGUUUCAGUGAGGAUCAAGUGAAAGAAAUUGCAUAUGCACUAGAGCACAGUGGACAUCGAUUCCUGUGGGUCCUGCGACGGCCACCACCUCCGGGUCAACUAGCAUCUCCAACCGAUUAUGAGGAUCCACGAGAUAUUUUACCUGAAGGAUUCUUAGAUCGAACGGCUGGGAUUGGAAAGGUGACAGGAUGGGCUCCACAAAUGGCUGUCCUGGCCCACCGAGCCGUAGGAGGUUUCGUGUCGCACUGUGGGUGGAACUCCAUACUUGAGAGCAUAUGGUUUGGUGUUCCGAUUGCCACGUGGCCAAUUUAUUCAGAGCAACAUCUUAAUGCUUUUGAAAUGGUAAUAGAGUUGGGAUUAGCCGUGGAUAUUAAAAUGGAUUAUAAUACACAGAAUGGCAUAAUAGUAAAUUCGAAUGAGAUAGAGAGGGGGAUUAGGUGUUUGAUGGAGCAUGAUAGUGAUAAAAGGAAGAAGGUUAAGGAGAUGAGCGAGAAAAGCAGAAAGGCCUUAAUGGACGGUGGAUCUUCGUACUUAUGGUUAGAUCGUUUCAUAAAAGAUAUUGGACAAUUUUAAAUCUUCCUUUAAUUUCUAGGCUAGAUAUUUAGACAUUUGAAUUUCUUUACUGAUUAUGUAAUCUACUCAUUUGGGACAAUGUAAUGACUUGUAUUAUUGGAAUUAAAUAAUUUUAA